CGGCGGACGCGCUUCGCGAGCUCCGAAAUCCGAUGAACCCGAAGGUUAUCCAAAUACCCCCGGUCUCGCCCACGUUACGGUAACUUCAACAGACUGAGACACGCCCCACGUCAGAGCCACGGCCGCCGCUAAUAUUGAGGGUCCCCAUCUGGCACGCCUCGUGAUAGUCAACCGUAAUAUUGGUAAGGCGGUGCAACCAAGUUAUGAGGCUGGCAGUGCAAGCGGUUCAUUGUGGGGUAAGCGAAAUAUUUCUUAUCAUUUCGGCAUAUUUCGUGAUCGUACCGUGGCCUAAGAUCCCUGUACCGUUGAGGGUGCCAGUCCCCUCAAAAUGUUGUAUGUAUAUGGACAUUGAUCAUGGUAUGUACAGAUAAGGGGUGAACACCCGCAUGGGGUUAAGGCCGCGGGCUUUACGAUCGAUACGGGUUGCUCUCCAAAUAUGGUCUGCACUUAUUUUAGUUGCAAAGGGUCAUGUAUUGUAAAACCCCUAGUACGAGGGACUUUUCAGCAGAGCUUAUCUACGGCUGCCCUCGUUAAAAUUGGGUUGCGGGUCAUCAUCGAUCUUGAUUUUCACCAGUCUUUUUUUCACUUCUGUAGCACACACACGCAUUCAAUUGUACAGAUCCGCGAACAUCGCAUUGGCCAUUCAACUUUCGCCGCAUACAAUCCCACGCUUGGUACCUUGUCGCUCUGUCACUGCAGAACCAUGUUAUCGUAUGAAAAGUCAAUCGAAGGACUAGAGGCUAAUGACCUCAAGGGAGAUUGGGAUAUAGGCUCGGAUAGACGAGUUCAAGGCUCGAUUGGGCACUAUAUGUUGACGGGGUGGGAAAGUCACCGUUCAUACCGGAAGAACGUGUUCCUGGCUAGUAUGCACGAAGCCAUAUUCGGAAACGGGUGUGGAGGAGACAAGUCAGUAGAGAGAUCGCCGUUAUCAUUCACACCAUUCCAGAUGGACAACCAGGUUAGAAUUUAUUACUUAUUGACGGAAGCCAGUAUUUUGGUAUUCCUACAAUGAUUUAGUGUAGCAAAACCGUUCCCAUUAU